CCCCAUAUUUAACGUCUACGCAUCCUCCUUCUGUCAUUCUGUUCUUCUGCUCUGUAUCCUGUGCUCUGACUCCACCGCAAUUGCAAUGAUCUCCUCCUCCGACAACAAACUUAUCUACCGCCACGACGCUGAGCAUCUCUCCAUCGAGCCAUGGGGUGCAAACGCCCUCCGCAUCCGCUCCUCAAAGACUCAGGCUCAGACUGAACCCUCCAAUGACUGGGCUCUUCUUCCUCCCUCUUCUACCUCUGCCACCGCUGAGGUCUCUUCAUCCGGCGGAACUGUCACCAACGGCAAAAUCUCUGCUACUAUCUCCCCGCGCGGAAAACUCAUGGUCUACAACUCCGCCGGCAAAAUCCUACUCGAAGAGUACGCCCGCAACCGCAACGACGUGCAGGAUCCAAAGUGUUCGGCGCUUUGCGUUGACGCUCGCGAGUUCAGACCGAUCCCGGGUACCGAAAACUACCAUCUCACCCUGCGCUUCGAGUCUCUCGAUCCCCACGAGAAAAUCUACGGUAUGGGCCAGUACCAGCAGCCGUACCUUGAUCUCAAGGGUCUCGAUAUCGAGCUCGCGCACCGAAACUCGCAGGCGUCCGUUCCCUUUGCGCUCUCGUCCCGCGGCUACGGGUUCUUAUGGAACAACCCCGGCGUGGGCCGCGCCGUGUUUGGCAAAAACAUAAUGUCGUUCGAAGCCUACUCGACCACCACUCUCGACUACUGGGUCGUCGCCGGGGACUCUCCCGCCGAGAUCGAAGAGGCAUACGCAAAAGCCACCGGCACCGUGCCAAUGAUGCCCGAGUACGGACUCGGGUUUUGGCAGUGCAAGCUCAGGUACCAGACCCAGGACGAGCUGCUGACGGUCGCGCGCGAGUACAAGAAGCGUAACCUGCCUAUCGACCUUAUCGUCAUUGAUUUCUUUCACUGGCCGAAGCAGGGAGAGUGGAAGUUUGAUCCUACGUACUGGCCUGAUCCAGACGCCAUGGUUGACGAACUGAAAAGCCUAAACAUCGAGCUCAUGGUCUCCAUCUGGCCCACCGUCGACUACCGAUCCGAGAACUUUGACGAAAUGCUCGAGAACGGCUACCUCAUCCGCACCGAUCGCGGCUUCCGCAUCGGCAUGGAUUUUCAGGGCAACACUGUCCAUUUCGACGCGACCAACCCCGGCGCCCGCAAGUACGUCUGGGACAAGGCAAAAAAGAAUUACUUUGCAAAGGGGAUCAAGACCUUUUGGCUUGAUGAAGCCGAGCCGGAGUAUAGCGUCUACGAUUUUGAUAAUUAUAGAUACUUCCUGGGGAGUAACCUGUCCGUGGGUAACAUCUACCCCCGCGACUAUGCUCGGGCAUUUUACGAAGGUCAGGAAAGCGAGGGACAAACGAAUAUCGUCAAUCUCCUCCGCUGCGCAUGGGCAGGCAGCCAGCGCUACGGUGCGCUCGUCUGGUCCGGCGACAUUGCAUCCUCAUGGUCUUCCCUGCGCGAUCAGUUCGCCGCCGGACUCAACAUGGGCAUCGCCGGGAUCCCGUGGUGGACGACCGACAUCGGCGGGUUCCACGGCGGCGACCCCACCGACGACAAAUUCAAGGAACUAUUUGUGCGCUGGUUCCAAUGGGGCGCGUUCUGCCCCGUCAUGCGUCUUCACGGCGACCGCUUCCCGCAGCAGCCGCAGCUCGGCACCACCGGCGGCGCGACCUGUCUCUCGGGCGCCGACAACGAAGUGUGGAGUUAUGGCGAGCAGGUGUACGAGAUUUGCAAGAAGUACAUGUUUAUCCGCGAAAAGCUGCGGGAUUAUACGCGCGAGCUGAUGGCGGCGGCGCAUGAAAAGGGCACGCCAGUCAUGAGAACUUUGUUUUACGAGUUUCCGGACGAUAAGCAGGCGUGGGAGAUCGAGGACGAGUAUAUGUACGGAUACAAGUACCUUGUCAGUCCUGUGCUGUUUCCGGGGGUCAAAACUAGAAAGGUGUAUUUGCCGGUGGGGAGUAAGUGGAAGGAGUUUGAGGGGGAGAAGGAGUUUGAAGGCGGCCAGACCAUCGAGGUUGAUCUUCAGAUCGAGUCCAUGCCUGUUUUUGAAAAGAUCUAAGUCCCGCUAGUUAUAUAUAAAUA